AUGUCAAAAGAAAAGUCCUUUUUGACUUUAUUUACUUCUUGGGAUUCGGACAAAGAAAAAUAUCUGUGUCGAAACAAUACAAUAAACAACUGGAAUCGGUUACAUGAAAAUAUCACAAGUAUUUUAUUUACAAACGACUCUGAUUUGUCUCGCCGAGUUUCUUCAAUGAAUUGGAAAGUUCUUCCCGUGACAAAGGUCGGCGCAACAGGAGUGCCCGUUUUAAAGGAUUUGUUCUAUGCCAGCUUUGCUGCGCAAGAUUCUGAGUUCUAUGCAUAUGCAAACGGUGACAUUCUUUUUACAAAUGAUUUAAUCGAUACUAUAAAAGCUGUAAUUCGAUCAAAUAUCGGAGAUGCCGAAGACUUACUUUUUAUAGGAAAACGUUAUGAUGUGCGGCAUGUCAGUGCAGACGAAGCAAUCAAUUUAGACAGACUGAAAGAAACAGUGAUAGACAGGGGACAGCUACAUAAUGCUUGGGGGAUCGAUUAUUUUAUAAUGAGAAAAUCUUAUCCACUUCAGGAUUAUCCUGAUCUGGUUAUUGGAAGACCACUUGUCGACACAUACCUCGUAUCAGAGGCUGUGAACCGUCCACGUAGUCAUGUGGUUGACAUUACGAAAACGUCGCCAACUGUCCACCAGGUGACACUCCCUGGUUCGGCAGGCAUUAGAGAAGGGAUGUCUAAAUUGGAUAAUCUCUAUAAUUUCAAAUUACUUGAGAAUGAGACAUGGAAUCAAUUUAGUGGAUUGACUGUAUGUGCUCCAUAUUUUACAACUAUAAGCAGUAACAUGAAAAUAAGGAUAAAAAAGAGAGGAUCCGAAGCCAUGUUUAAAAGAUGCCGCAUUACAAAUAAACAUUCAACAGGACUCUUCACCAAUUAUAAAGAAGAGCCAGACUUUCAUAACAAACAAGAAGAUGUGGUAUGA